AUGAAUGAGGAGGGCAUUGACAAUGUCAAGUUUAAGAAGCCUCUAUCACAUUCACUGCAAUCACCUCUUGAUACAUCAGAAACAGCAGCAGCAGAAGUAGCAACAAUGAGCAAUAUAUCAUCAUCUACAAUGGGUGGACUCGAGUCCAUAUUCACCUUUAUGAGAGACGGCAUCGUCUCGUUCACCUUCCUCCUGACCCUAUUCAUACUAUCUCACUUUAUCAUUCACAAGUUCAUCAGGAAGAAGGAUGUCUACACCAAGUUAUAUCUACCACGUAUACUCUGUACAUUCUGUUUAUCAGUGUCAUUGGCAGCAAUGAUGUUGAUACCCAUCACGAUACUCAGCAAUGAGAUAUUGACCACAUUCCCAUCGAACUACUAUCUUCAAUGGUUGAAUCGUGAACUAAUCUUCUCUUUCUGGAACAAGAUAUUCUGGGGAGCCAACAUAUCUAUGUUUGUCAUCCUUCCCUUUGCUUACUUCUACUACGAAGCGGAUGCAAUCAAAGGGAGGUCGCGUAUCAAGGACGCUCUCUAUGUAUUAGUUCUAGUCUCUGCAAUAUUCAUUGCCUUCGUCUACAUUGUAUAUAGUAUCUUUUUCGAGUUCGAUGGACAGAAGAUCAGCAAGGACUACCUUCCAUUCUCAUACUCCCUAAUUUCAACCAUGGGAACAUUGUUUGUGUUGGUGUGCAUACCAAAGGGAUUCAAUACCCUCACUCUAAAUUCAAUCAACUAUAGCGCGACGCACUCUGAGGAUGAGUUGAUAGCGGCAAACUUGGAGAUGGCGACACUUCGAGAGUCUUUGGAGAAUAAUCAAUUAAAGGAGAAGAGAAGAAUACAGACAGAGACCAAGCUUAGGGAGCUGACACAGAUCGUUCAAGCUUCAUCACAUCCGCGUGGUUUCAAACAUCAAGUCUUUUAUAGGAUCGUCUCGGCCAUACUCACUGUGAUCAACUUUAUCUUUACUGGAUGGGUCGUAUUAAAAGUGUUCAUCCACGUCGUCAAGAGUAUCUUUGAGAUCACACCAUUCUACACUUGGACAUCUGCUGCAAGCACUGGUGUGGACAAUGUCUACAACUUCCUAGAGUACUCCUCAAAGCUUGGAUCCUUCCAAUCACUCUUUGAAACAGCUGUCGUCAUAUACCUUAUGAUAUCAGCCUUUGUUGGAUUCUUCAAUCUCUCAUUGUUUGCCAAUGUUCGACCCAAGAUGUCGAUGACAUCACUUCGCAAACUGAUCAUCAACACUGCCAUCAUUCUAUUUAUUAGUUCAUCAUUUCCUGUGGUCGUCAGGACAUUGGAGAUCAGUCGAUUCGACCUCAUGGGAUCAUACACUCAUACUCUCUAUCUGAAGAACGAGACCUUCCAUUUAUUCGUACGAAUAGCAUUCAUCACUGCCCUUGUAUAUUCAUACCUGCCAUUCAUCUCUCCAAAGUCACAAACAUCGCCUCUCAACUACAUCCUGCACUCUUUGUCCAACAAGCCUCAAGCUCAAACAAAGCUACAACAACAACAUGCGUCCAACAUCAACACCAACUCCAACCCUCAACAACAGUCAUCAUCUACAUUAUCCAACAGCACCAACUCCAACUCGACAGUCCCGAUGACUUCGACAUCAACAUCAUCAUCUUCAUCAUUAUCAUCAUCAUUAUCAUCGUCACCAACUACCAAUGGAGUAUGUCCACCACAAUCAGGACAUCAUAUCCUUAGCGCAAACCAAAUUGAUCCAGCAACAACACCGCCAGUGACAUCAUCCGGCAACUCUAGUCCUAGCCACCUUCCAACAAUCCCAAUGCCAGAACGUACUCCGUCCUCGCCUCCAACGCCUUCACACUCAUCUCGCAUCCUCUCAUUGAUCCUUUCGAGCACAUCCACAACGCCAGUCAAACAACAGCCUGGCAGCCACAACAAGAGGAAGACCGAUUGA